AACUUUUAUUGCCUUAUCAAUAAUUUUUUAGUAAACUUCCACAGGACUUUGUUUUUAUUUCACAUACAAUGGAAAAUACAUGAAAGUUUUCAUCACUUAAACUUGGUAAUUGCUGUGAUUUAGCCAUUCAUUUGUUCAGCAGGUUUAUAAAUGUAAGAUUAUAGGCCAUAAAAUGCCGAAAACAUUGCUUCAUUUUUUCUCCCCAAAAUCUGUCAAAAAAGAAGAAAAUGGCACGAGCUCACCGAAAUCAAACUCUGGGACUCCAUUGAAACCAAAAAACACAUUUUUAACCCCAAAAUCUGAGGGGAAAAUUCUAUCAAAGAAAACGUUUCUAACCCCCAAAUCUGAAGGAAAGAUUCCUUCAAAGAAAUCACCAUUUUUUUCUCCUAUGGUUCCAGCAAAAACCAUUGAAUGCAAUGUUUGUGAUAUUGUUUGGGCUAAAUUAGAUGGUUACCCAUGGUGGCCGAGCAUAGUUUGCAAUGACCCCACGGACGGCGUUCAUGAAAAAAGGGAAGGAAAAAAGAAAUUUAUCCAUGUUCAGUUUUUUGACAAUCCAGUAACUCAUGCCUAUGUAGAGGCAAAAAAUGUUGAAAUAUAUGACGGUUCUCAAUCUCUUGAUUUUCAAAUUGGUGGAAAAUUCUAUAGUCCAGAUCUAGAUGUCAUUGAGGCCACAAAAAAGGGGGAUGAGGCCUUAAAAAAAGGGGUGGAAGGCCGUGAAAAAUUGCUUGUUAAAUUUGAGGACAGUUUUGACGAUUUUGCUGAUGAUUUAGAUGACAUGUUAGCUGAUGCGUGUGACAAUUCUGUUGCUAGUAGCAACAAUGAAGUUUCCAUGGAGAUUGAAGAGGGAAAAAGACCGAAACGAAAGGCGGUAAAAAAAGCAGCUAAGAAACGACGCAGAAUCGAAACUCACUCUGAUGAGGAUGAUUGUGUUUCAGAGGAAGAUUUUGAUCCGAAUAAAGAAUCCGAGAGUGAUGAAAGUGAUGAAGAUGUUGGGGAAGAAUCUUCUGAUUUAGCUACUGAAUCCGAACCUGACGAUUCACCAAUUAAAGAUUCUCGAAAACGAAAAAGAAAAGGUUCGCUUCCCGCUCCAAAAAUAUCAAAUACACCUAGUAAUUCAAAACUUGCUGCUUUUAAUCCAACUACCAGUACCACCUCUCGAACUCCGCUUGUGUGCCAGCAAACAAAGUCACGAUUAUCAUUAUUCCAAGCUUCAGAGACAGAAGGAUCUAUGGGAGAUGACUUAGAGACUACAAAGUAUUUACAUGAGACAUUGGAGUUUCUUUUUCCAGAGAAUUUACGAGAUAAACAUGGUAGAAAGACGGGCGACCCUGAUUAUGAUUCAACAUCAUUAAAAAUUCCGCAAGAGUUUUUAAAAAAAUGUACGCCUGCUAUGUUCCAAUGGUGGAAAUUAAAAGUAGAUCAUUUUGAUGUGAUAUUUUGUUUUAAAGUUGGCAAGUUUUAUGAGUUAUACCACAUGGAUGCCGUGGUAGGAGUCAAUGAAUUGGGGCUCAUUUACAUGAGAGGGUCUUUUGCACAUUCUGGAUUUCCAGAAGUAGCAUUCGGUCGUUAUUCCGAAUCGCUCGUACAAAAAGGUUAUAAAGUCGCUCGUGUGGAACAGACGGAAACGCCGGAACAAAAUGCAAUUCGAAUCAAAAAGGGAAUGCCGUCAAAACAAGAGAAAACAUUAAGAAGAGAAAUUUGUCGAAUUGUAACAAAAGGAACGCAAAGUUUGGGAUCCUGGCCAGGUAGUGGCAAUAUGCAUAGCGGGAAUAAUUUUCUUUUAGCUGUCACUGAAAAAUCUUCAGGAGGAAAUAACUUCCAAGAAGGAGUUAAUUCUAACGUGUGUCGUGAAUUUGGAAUCUGUUUUAUCGACACUUCUGUUGGUUUGUUUCACAUCGGUCAAUUUAUGGAUGAUCGCCACUGCUCUGCUUUGUGUACUAUGCUCUCUCACUACACCCCUUGCCAGAUUUUAUUUGAACGUGGUCACCUAUCAGCUUCAUUACAGAAAAUUCUUCGCUCAGGACUUUCCUCGAUUCUUCAAGAGCCAUUAUUACCAGGAACUCAAUUUUGGGACGCAACAAAGACGAUGAAAUUUCUCAAAACGGAGGGUUAUUUUGAGAAAAACGGGGAGGAUGAUUGGCCCACUGCUUUGAAAAGUAUGAUGCAAGACGCUGAAGCCGUCAGCUUUUCAGCGGCAAAGAAUUAUGAGCUAGCGAUAAGCGCGUUUGGCGCUUGUGUGUUUUAUCUUAAAAAAUGCUUGAUUGAUUAUGAAGUCAUCUCAAUGAAACAGUUUGUUGAGUACAAGCCGCCGAAAAGUGGAGAUCCACAAUAUGUUGCUCAAGAACUUGAGGAUGCUGUUGCAAAUUUUGCGAAGGGCGAUAAUAAAAUGAUUCUUGAUAGUGUUACUUUAGCAAACCUGGAAAUUUUGGAAAACACCAACGGAGGUACUGAAGGGACUUUAAUUGAGCGAUUAGACCACUGUCAUACUGCUUUCGGUAAGCGUUUGCUCCGCCAAUGGCUCUGUGCACCCCCAUGUAACCCCGAAGUUUCCUCGGAUAGAUUGGACGCUCUCGAGGACCUAAUGGGAUGUCAAGAGUUUGUAUCAGAAACCAACGAGGUCCUAAAGAAGGUGCCGGAUUUGGAAAGAAUGUUGAUGAAAAUUCAUUCUCUUUCGAAAGAUUCGAAAAAACCUGACCACCCUGACAAUAGGGCUGUUCUUUACGAGGAAGACAAAUAUAGUAAAAAGAAAAUCGAAGAUUUUUUAACAAUUUUACAAAAUUAUGAAUGUGUUCAUAAAUUACUAGUGAAGCACCAAGAUUUAGUGAAAAGUUUCAGAUCCUCUUUGCUACAAAAAAUAUUGGGUUUGUCCAGCGAAAAUGGAAAUUUUCCGAAUAUGUCUGACACUUUAAAGCGCUGGAAAACAGCUUUUAAUCACACAAAGGCUGUUGAAACAGGUAAAAUAACACCGAAUCAUGGUGCCAAUCCAGAAUAUGACUCAGCAUUAGAUGAAAUUGCUGAUAUACAAGCGAAACUGAAUAGCUAUUUGAAAGAACAAAAAAAACAUAUUGGGUGCUCGAGCAUCGUUUAUAAAGGAACUGGAAAUAAACGUUACCAAUUGGAAAUGCCAAUAGACGUGGCGGACCGAAAAAAUUUAUCCGGUUAUACAAUAUCAGGUCAAAGGAAAGGUUUUAAGAGUUUUCGAACUGCUGAAACGGAAGAGUUUUUGAAAGAAAUGGAAGCCGCUGAAGCGCGACGAGAUUCUGCACAAAGUGAAACCAUGGCGAUUAUAUUUCGUGAAUUCGAUCAGGAUUUUGCGAUGUGGAACAGCGCUGUUCAGUGUUUAUCUAUAUUAGACGUAUUGCUCAGUCUAACGGAGUAUUGCAAAAAUAGUGAAAUUCAAAUGUGUCGGCCCAUACUGUCUUGGAAAGGUGCCAAUACCUCUCCAUUUUUGGAUAUUUCAACAGGAAGGCAUCCAUGCGUGACUCGUACAUUUUUUGGCGAUGAUUUCAUCCCUAACGAUACUCUUCUCGGUUGCCAAGGUGAUGAUAAUGAUGUCACAAACAAUCCAAAUUGUUUGGUCCUCACUGGCCCUAAUAUGGGAGGAAAAUCUACUCUAAUGAGACAAGUGGGACUCAUAGUCGUGCUGGCACAUUUAGGGUGCUAUGUUCCUGCUGAACACUGUAGGCUAUCACCAGUCGACCGUGUCUUUACAAGGCUAGGGGCAUCAGACCGUAUCAUGUCUGGCGAAAGCACAUUUUACGUCGAAUUGAGUGAAACUUCAGCGAUUUUGAAACACGCAACCAAACAUUCUCUCGUGCUUUUGGAUGAGUUGGGCCGUGGCACAGCGACUUACGAUGGUACUGCGAUAGCUUUAGCCGUUGUUCGAGAGAUUUCUGCUAAUAUAAAAAGCAGGACAAUUUUUUCAACUCAUUAUCACACCGUUGUUGACGAUUUAAAAGACAACGCAGAUGUGAAACAAGGCCACAUGGCUUGCAUGGUAGAAAAUGAAGAUGCUGACAACGAAGACCCGUCUAAAGAAACUUUAACUUUUCUGUAUAAAUUGACCGAUGGACCAUGUCCGAAAAGUUAUGGCUUCCAUGCAGCACGAUUGGCCGAUGUUCCAGAAUCUGUGAUCACUCUAGCGCGACACAAAGCAGCAGAGCUUGAAAGUAACAAUAAUAAUGUGUCAAUGUUCAGAUCAAUAUGCCAAGGCAAUGUCCCUGAAAAGAACAAUAUUACCGUUUAACUCACUUAACCAAAGCUUAGCUAUGAGCUGGGAAUGUCAUAACUUGUGUCAAUCGUUAUGUACUUGGACAUUACGUACCACCCUAAUUCUACAUGAUUCAAGUGGAUCUUGAAGUUUCAGUGGUGCUCUGUAAUUCUGCUUAGAGAUGUAUCUCCUUUCAUUUGAGCGAUUGCCUAUGGCUAACCCAGCUUUGAACAAUUCUUUCAAUAACAGACAAAAAAUACCGUAUUUUAUUUUGUCAAAAAAGUUUUCAGUCAUUUCCAUAUUUAGGAACAUUUAGAAAUUUCUCAUGGUAAUAGAUUCAUAUUAACUUAGUCGUAUGGCUUUCCUCCCAUAUAAGUAUGAAAAUUUUACUCCAAGUAUCACUCAACAUCUUAUUUGUUUACUGUUCUGUUUUUUUUUCUUUCACCUAUUUUUUCACAUUAUUUGCAAUCUUGUGAGCAGUUUUCAAUUCUGUUCAAAAGUUUUAUUAUGUCAUGUUUUUGCUUCUUACAUUUAAACAAGCAUUCACACACAAACCCUUAUCAAAACAACUUUUUUAGUUGGUGCUAUUAGGGCGUGAGAUUUAUCUAAAGCUAGUAUUAUAAUGCGAGGUCUGCCAUUGCAUUUUCAUACAUACCGGUAUAUGGCGGUACCCCUUGCGUUUUGGUGUCGCAACAGUUAUAUCAGAGGUUCCCAACCUGGGGGCAAUGAGCCGUUUGAGAGGAGCCCACAAUGCUAGAAAAACUCUUUUUGGUUUCAUUGCUUGAUAAGGCUAUUUCACAGCGUGUCUUCACUUUGUUUAGCGUGAAUUGUUUGAACACAAUGGGAUUUGGAAUCAACUAAUCUAAUCAACACCAUAAUUACCACUUGAUUGCUAUACAGGGGGCAUGGGUGCUGUAAGCCUACGAAAGGGGGCCACAGGUCAUAUAAGGUUGGAAACCACUGAUUUAUAUAAUAUGAUGGAAGAUAUGGGAACUGUGAAUGUAAUGGCUCCGGCUAUUUUUGUGAUGAUGGACCAGUUAAAAAAUAAAUGUAUAUAAUUGUAUUGAAAUGUGCUAGUUUAAACUUUGACUACUCUCGAUAUUAAAAUUGAUUAAUUUUGGUGAAUGUUUGCUACCAUGUUUUGUAGAAUAAUUAAUUUUUUUAUUUUUUAUUACCGCUUGCCAUUUUGUACACACAUUUUCUCAUUUAAAGAAAAAAUUUGGCACUCAUUUUGGUUGAUAUAUCCUGAAUAGUGAUCACAGCCUAUUCAUUGGCCUAUAAUUUCCAGGGGUGUGCAACAUUUUUUGUCGGUGGGCCGUAUAACCAACGUCAGACAUCUAGCUGGGCCUCGCGAAAUGCGGCUAUCGCUCAGCCUCACAGUAAUGAAAGCACCAGGCAAGACAGUUUAACAGAGCAACAAGAGAAA